ACAAGUUCCAUGCACCCUCGCUUACACACUGUUCCAGAAAAGCCAAAAGCCUCGUAAAUCUAGGCUUUCACAACUUCUCAUGCAAACUGUCUUUAGAAUUUUUUUUAUAUAUAUUCCAAACAAAACUUGUUUUCCGCUUUUGUGAGCCCGUAAAAGAUUCUUCAUCUUCUAUCCACACUGCUUGACUGCAGUUGUCAUUUAAUUCUAAUGUCUUCAGCUUGUUCUCACCUGGAGACUGAUGCAGAGCACCAGGUCAGGAAGCAGCCAGCUGGAGUUCAAAAUGUUUCCCCCUCAUGCACACUUCAGUAACCCUGAUUUGGUCACAAUUAGUGGGCCAACCAGAGGCUUGCAUCAUCUAACUGGUGUAUCAAUGCCAAAUACAAGCUGGGAAAGAAGAUGCAUGAGGAAACAGAGGAGAAGGACGGAUGAUGAAAGCUGCAGCCCCAAACGGCGAAAACUGAUGGGUGCAGCUGAGUAUCCAAGUCCUAAAGCAAGCCACAGAUGGUCUGCAGACUCUACCACCUCUUCCUCUUCAUCUGAGACCAGCAUGGUUCAACUGCACACUAGACCCAGGACAAAUGACAUGGGUCUGUCCUUCACAGUCGCUCCCUCUCCACUAUCCAGAGUACCCACAGAAGGCUCAGGCAUGGAGGUAGAGGCCGCUCAGAGGAGACUGCAGGAGAUCGAAGAGAGGAUAACUUUGGAAGAUGAUAGCGAUGAAGAAGAGCUGGAUGUAGAACCGGGUCAGCGCAGGCCAGUGCUGGUGAUGUCCGACAGUUUAAGGGAAGGGCUGCAGCGUGGCAUUGAUGACAUUCUACCCCAUAUGGUAGCACAGUCAGUGGGUCGCUCUUGUAUGGAACUGGUGCUGUGGCGCCCCCCAGAGGACCCUCUCACACAGAGGCUAAAGGACUCUUUACAAAGACAGCAGCGCAAGCAGCUGGCAGUGAGCAGGCAGACUCCCAACCCUGUGCCAUCUACCAGCAACCCCCCAUCCCAGCCCCAGUUCACAGCAACCAAUGAGCAGGCUUUCAGCCCCCUGUUCAACAGCCCUGCACUACUCAACUCUGGAGAGGAAGACAUGGAGUUAUAGAGGGAAAUCCAUGACUUUAUGUGUGAUAUAAGCUUUGAACUUCAUCAGUGCAAAUGAGCAGUUAGCAUGAGUGGCGGAGAGAGCUAGCAAUUCACAAUGCUCACAUGUGAUUUUUCUUGUGCCAUGUACUAUUUUUGUUUGUUUCAACAUGGAGUUUUUUGUAGGUUGGACCAUAUUUGCACUAGAUGAAAUGAGAAGUAUCCUAUGUGAACGUGGUCAGUGAUACAUUUUUUUUUUCCUUCUGCAGUACAGUUGUUAUUGUUUGCUGUCGAUAGCUUUACUGGUUAACAAUGCAAGACUAUUUUAGUUUUGUCUUUAUGCAGUUAGUAUUAUUGCAUUAUACUAGUAUACUAUAUGCCAGAUUUAUUAUUUUAUUUUUAGCAUACAUCCAACUGGUCAAAUACUCAUUUGAAUUGGUUCUUCAUGGUGUCCAUAUUGUUUUUUCAAGAUGCUUUUAUGGAAAGUAAUGAUUGAUGAAUUUCAUGUAUGGAAUGUGUGUGAGGAAGGAUCACCAUGUGCUUUUGAACUUGAUAUGUGGAGACAAAGAUAUAAAAUGAUACUUGGAAGAGA